CUUUCUUCCCAGAAUCAUAAUAUAUAUGGGGGCUAGGGCUUGAGGAAGAACACAAACAAUUCAACAAGAAAUGGAAGAAGUGAAGCUGUUUGGAGCUUGGCCUAGUCCAUAUAGUUACAGAGUGAUAUGGGCUCUGGAGCUCAAGGGUGUGAAAUAUGAAUAUAUAGAAGAGGACUUGGCUAACAAGAGUGAUUUGCUUUUACAAUAUAACCCAGUUCACAAAAAGAUCCCAGUGCUUGUUCAUAAUGGGAAACCUAUUGCUGAGUCCUCUGUGAUCCUUGAGUACAUUGAUGAGACUUGGCCCCAAAAUCCCCUGCUUUCAGAUGACCCUCAUGAGAGAGCCUUAGCGCGUUUUUGGACGAAGUUCAUAGAUGAAAAGGGCCUUCCAUUUGCUACAUUCUUUAUGGCCGAUGGAGAAGAACAUGAGAAGGCUGCAAAAGAAGUCAAAGACCUACUCAAGAUCUUAGAAGAGCAAGCUCUAGGAGAAAAGAAGUUCUUUGGUGGAGAUGAAAUUGGAUUGGCUGACUUAGCCUUGGGAUUUAUAGCCUCCUCUUUUGGAGUCAUUGAGCAACUGGUUGGUGUCAAAGUGCUGCAUGCCAAUGACUUCCCUAGAUUAUGUAAUUGGAUUAACAACUUUAAGGAAAACCCAGCAAUCAAACAGAACCUCCUUAAUCAUGAUCAAAUGUUUGUGUACUACAAGCAGAAGAAGGAGAUGCUUAUUGCUUCAAGGACAACAUAAAAUUGCUUAUUAGUAGAUUUCUUGUUACAGUAAUUGUUCUUGCACUAUAUAAUUCCUAAUGGAGUGCUCAUGUUUUCCUCA